AUGAAGCUCAAUAUCGCAUUCCCAGCCACUGGCUGUCAAAAAAUGAUAGAAAUAGAUGCUGAGAAAAAACUGCGACCUUUUUAUGAUAAACGUAUUUCAGCAGAAAUGAGUGCAGAAAGCCUUGGAGAUGAAUGGAAGGGCUAUAUGUUCAGGAUUACUGGUGGAAAUGACAAACAAGGUUUUCCCAUGAAACAGGGUGUACUGUCAAAUGGGCGUGUGCGCCUUUUGCUCUCUAAGGGACAUUCCUGUUAUCGCCCAAGGAGGGAAGGUGAACGCAGACGGAAAUCUGUUCGAGGCUGCAUUGUUGAUGCAAACUUGAGUGUACUCAGUUUGGUUAUUGUUAAAAAGGGUGAAGGGGAAAUUCCUGGUUUAACAGAUAACACAGUUCCACGUCGUCUUGGGCCCAAAAGAGCCAGCAAAAUCAGGAGGUUGUUUAAUCUCUCAAAGGAAGAUGAUGUCAGACAAUAUGUUGUGCGAAGACCAAUUCCUAAAAAGGAAGGAAGUAAAAGCAAAAAACCAAAGUCAAAAGCACCUAAAAUUCAGCGACUUGUCACCCCUAUGGUUCUACAGCGCAGAAGACAUCUCAUGGCUAUGAAAAAGGCUAGGUUUGCCAAGAGACGAGAAGAGGCUGCCGAUUAUGCUAAACUCCUUGCUCAGAGAAUGAAAGAACGUAAAGAGAAAAGGAGGGAACGCAAGCAAUCCUCUAUGUCAAAGAGCCGAAGCGAAUCUUUGGCUGCCAAGGAUGCUGCGAAGUUGGUACCUGCUUCUGCCGUUGCUGCUGCUAAGGCUGCUACGAAGCCUACCCCCAAACAGGCAGCUAAAAUUGCUGCUGCCCAAAUAUCUGCCGCCAAGCUUGCUGCAGCAAAGGGUGGCAAACCAACAUCAGCUAAGCUUGCUGCAAAGAUUGCAGCUGCAGGCAAGCUAGCCACUGCUAAGGCCACAGCAAUCAAAUCCACUGCAAAGGGUGCUGCUGUAGCUAAGGGGGCUAAAGGAGCCAAGGGAGCCCAGCAAGCACAAGGCAAACUUAAACUUGCUACAAAGGCUGAAACUGCCAAGGCCACUUCAGCCAAAGUUUUGGGCAAAGGACCUAAGGGUGCUGGUGGCAAACAACAACCUCAACCUAAGGUGCCUAAACAAGCAACCCCAAAGACUGCCCCAAAACAAGCCAAACCAGCAGUUGGUAAAGGAGGGGUAACUAGGCCUGGCACUGCCAAACAGGCUGCAGGUAAACAACCCACAAAGCCUACAUCUGGGAAACAACCUCAAGCAAAACCUGCCACGGGUAAAGCUCAGGCCAAGCCAGCCACUGGAAAACAAGCUCAGGCAAAACCUGCUACAGGUAAACAACAAGCUAAACCAGCUGCUGGUAAAACAGCUCAAGCAAAACCUGCUGCCAGUAAAACGAGUCAGGCUAAGCCUGCUGCUACUAAAGCUGCCAAGCCUGCUGCAGGAAAAGCUCAAGCUAAACCUGCUGCCAGUAAACCAGCCCAACCCAAACAGAGUGCUACUACAAAGUCCACUCCCAGUAAGCCUGCAGCAGCUAAGUCUGGUUCUGCUACCGGUAAGCCUGCGGCUGCUAAACCCACCACUCCCAAACCUGCAGCUGGUAAGCCUGCAACCCCCAAAACAGCUGCUUCUAAACCUGCAGCCACAAAGCCCGCGACUCCCAAGGCUGCAGCUCCCAAGACCACAGCUGCCAAGCCCGCGACUCCUAAACCUGCAGCUGCCAAACCUGCGACUCCUAAAGCAGCAGCUGCUAAGCCUGCAACUCCCAAGGCUGCAACUCCUAAACCUGCAGCUGCAAAAGCAGCUUCCGCUAAAACAACGCAGGCAAAAUCAGCAGCCAAACCAGCAAAGAAGUAA